GUGGUGGGACUGGAGAGCGAGUCUCUCUUGUACUAUACUGGCGGCGGCAGUCGCGACCAGCCGCUUAAGCCACGAGUACUUACGCGCUGGCGAUUCUUCGUCGGCUCUUCGCGUACGUGAUACUUGCGCCUCGUGCGCUUGCUGUGUGUAAUUCGAUUGACUGGAAGAGGAGGGUCUUCUUCGCGCCGACCUUGUGUCUCUGUGUCCGUGUGCUGUUUAGCCGUUUCGUAAUCAAUUUUUCUCCUUAUGGAUCAAAGCAUGCAGUCGUGCGCGGCUCUCUCGGGGGUGAACACGCAGUGCAGGAGAUACCGCUGAGUUAUUUACGAGAAAGGACGCGAGGACGAGGCGCAGUUUUUUGUGCGAGUGUCGAUCGCUGAUUAAAAAUAACGGCUGUGUAAUAAAAGUAAAUCGUACUUCUGUUCGCCACACACACACACACACAUAGACACACAGCUCGUCUUUAUUGCAUUCUUCGCUGUAUGAAACUGAGCAUUCCGGCAGCUUUUCAUCCUCCACUCUCUCUCUCUCUCUCUCUCUUCAAUAUGCUCGGCAUUGUGUACGGCUCUAUAGCGCGUCUCCCCUUUCAAAAGGUUUUGGAUGGAUUCCAUUAUAUUCCGCAAGCACAGCUCCUACAAUUCACAUUCCCAGGCGUAACGAAAUCUCUGUUCUCUGCGACAUACACUCUCUGUAAUAAUCAAAAAGGGGAGAAUCGCGCGUAACGAAAAUUCCUGAAUUUUCAAGGAAGCGGAAAACGAGACGUCAUAAAGCGCAGAGAAGCCGCUGCUUAAGCUCGCGAAGCUAUUGUAUUUUACUCUGUCUCUAUCUCUCUCUCUCUCUCGGGCUCGAGACGCAAGUCGAAAGAGAAAGCUAUAUACAUCUCGCGCGGCAAUUCAGUGGACUCGAGUUCGCGCUUCCUCCCUUGAAUCUUUUACAAGCUAUAGAGGAAGGACGAGAUGAAGCCGUAUUCCGGAUGAAAAAAGGGAGAGAAAAAUUCCCGAGUGCUCCGGUGAACAUAGCGCGAGAUGAAGGUGCGACGAAAAAGUGCAACUACUUCGCAGUCGAGGCUGAGGCCGUGACCGAGCCAAGGGGGAGCUGUUACUACUACUACUACUACUACUAUACCGCUCUACGACUUCUGCGGGGAAUGAAGCUCGAGACUGAUCGGAUGCGCUGAUAAAAGGACGAACAGACAAUCAAGAUGUUGAUUAAGGAGUAUCGAAUACCUCUUCCACUGACCGUGGAGGAGUACAGAAUCGCGCAGCUGUACAUGAUAGCCAAAAAGUCGCGAGAGGAGAGCAAGGGGGCCGGCAGCGGCGUCGAGAUAAUCGUCAACGAGCCUUACACAAACGGUCCAGGCGGCGACGGCCAGUACACCCACAAGAUCUACCACGUGGGCAGCCACCUGCCCGGCUGGUUCAAGUCGCUGCUGCCCAAGUCCGCCUUGAUGGUCAAGGAGGAGGCCUGGAACGCCUACCCUUACACCAAGACCCGCUACACCUGUCCCUUCGUCGAGAAGUUCUCCGUGGAGAUCGAGACCUACUACUUCCCCGACAACGGCUUCCAGGAGAACGUCUUCAAGCUCAGCGGCAGCGAUCUGAGGAAUCGGGUCGUAGAUGUGAUCGACAUCGUGAAGGACCAGCUGACUGGAGCGGACUACAUCAAGGAGGAGGACCCGGUGCUCUACGUCUCGGGGAAAACGGGGAGAGGCCCACUGAGCGAGAAUUGGCUCGAGGAGUACUGGGCCGAUGUCAAGGGAAAGUCUCAACCUACUCCCUCGGGAAAGUCGCUGAUGUGCGCAUACAAAUUGUGCCGCGUCGAGUUCCGCUACUGGGGCAUGCAGACCAAGCUCGAGAAGUUCAUCCAGGACAUAGCCCUGAGGAAAACGAUGGUACGAGCUCACCGACAGGCCUGGGCCUGGCAGGACGAGUGGGACGGCCUGACGAUGGAGGACAUCCGGGAGAUCGAGCGCCAGACGCAGCUGGCCCUCCAGGCGAAGAUGGGCCCGGCCGAGUCGGGCGAGGAUCUCGCCGAAGGCGAGGAACAGGACGAUGACAAGGUCAACGCGACCAUCACGCCCCAGGACUCGGGGCAGGUCGCCAUGACCCUGGCGGCGACCCUCGGCAGCAUCGAGAAGAGCGAGGAUCCCCAGAGCCCGGCGUCGCCCCGAAAGCCCUCCGACAUUCCCAUCAUCAACACAGGCGUCAGCUCCGGCGAGAACAGUCCCGAGGACUCGCCCACCGAGCUCUUGCCGCCCAGAAAAACGGGAAAGGUCUCGAAAGCGGAGAAGGACAAGACGUGGAAGAAGAGCAGCUCGUCCCUGCAUUCCCCGAGCUCCGCCAAGAGCUUCGACGCUCAGAUAGCCAACUGGCGGAUGGAGAGCAUCGUGAGGGAGUCCGAGUCCGGCAGCGACGACGAGUUCUUCGACUGUCAAGCAGCAACCGGGUUCAUUAUACCUACUAUCUUAAAAGAGAAUUUUGAACUCCAAGAUAACUCGUCAUUAGCUAAAUGGAGUUCUUUGGAUCUUCUAGCAGAAGAGGAAGACUCGACGUCCCCGACUGUGACAGAUUUCAACAAACAAGACGACACGAUAUUCUCCCACUCGUACCUCCAGCGUGUGGCGAGUGAACGCAGUGGAAAGAGACUGGCCAUCCGGACCUCGGCCAGCAUCGACGUCUCCUGUCCGGCUUCGCCACAGCACUCGCCCACUCAUCAGCCAUGCAGUACCACAGUUAUCCUUAUCGUCAUGCACGCCGGCAGUGUUCUCGAUGCCAACGUGGACCUGACGGCCAAAAAGUCGGACAUAACGACCUUCAAGGGAGCCUUCGAGUCGGUCAUAAGGCAGCACUAUCCCACGAUGGUCGGGCACAUAGCCAUCAAGUUCGUUUCCUGUCCAUCGAUUUGCACCGAGGGCCUCGGAAUAUUAUCUAGUCUAAGCCCAUACAGUUUCGACGUGUCGCCGUCGUGCAUGGACACGCCGCAGAUAACGCACGACACGAUACCCAUCGGUGCGAUCCCGAUGUUGGCGACGUCGACACCGGAUUACCAGGAUGCGGUGACGCGGGUGGUGAACGGUGCCAACCAGGUCUACCAGGAGUUCGUGAAGAGCGAGGAGGGUCGAGGCUUCAACGGCCAGGUCUGCUUCAUCGGUGACUCGGUAGGCUCGAUACUCGCCUACGACGCCCUGUGUCGAUCUGCCCAGUACCAGUCGAGGCACGACAGCGAGAACAGCAUCCUUGACAAUGACAAUCACGAGAACAGCGGGCCUUACGAGGACGGACGACACUUGUCGGCUCCCUCGCCCAGGAGGAGGUCCUCCUCGACGAGGUAUUUCGAAUUCGACAAUUCACAUCAGUGCAAACUCGAGUUUGAAGUGAGCGAGUUCUUCAUGUUCGGUAGUCCGCUGUCCCUGGUGCUAGCGUACCGGAAGAUCUCCUCGACGGGGGAGAAAUCAAGUAACAUAAGUAAACCCUGCGUGCAUCAAGUGUACAAUUUGUUCCAUCCGAGCGAUCCAGUGGCCGCUCGCUUGGAGCCUCUGAUCUCGGCGCGUUUCUCUCUGUUGCCACCGGUGAACGUUGCGCGCUACCAGAAGUAUCCUCUCGGCAAUGGGCAACCUUACCAUUUGCUGGAGACGGUGCAAACUAAUCCUCAACUGUUUGCCGAUGGACUGAAUGUGCCCAAUAUGACGAUGUCUCACCUAAGAAGAUUGUCGGAUAUAUCAAUCCAUAGUACUAUGUCUGGUAUUGAAACCGUACCACUACAAGCAGUAUCUUCUCUUUCUCAGAAAUGGUGGGGCACCAAGAGGAUAGACUACGCCUUAUAUUGCCCCGAAGGACUUGCGAAUUUUCCUACGCACGCUUUACCUCAUUUGUUCCACGCGAGCUACUGGGAAUCCUCCGACGUGAUCGCGUUCAUCGUCAGGCAGCUCGGCAGGUUCGACCCGAGGCUGCUCGGCAACGAGGAGAAAGAGCUCACCGACUUCCGUCCAGGCCAACCUAGAGAGAAAUGGAAUAAGAAGCGAACCUCUGUUAAACUAAAGAACUCCGCUGCAACUCAUAGAGCUAACGACGUCAUCGUUAGAGAUGGCGCGCCGCAAAUACUCGUAGCUAGAUUCGCGUAUGGUCUAUGCGGAGUAAUAUCAUUAACGGGUGAAAAAGUAGAUAUUCAUAUAAUGAAGGACGUCAAGUCCGGCGAGUGGGUCUUCUAUUCGACUGAAGUUACGGAUAAAACCGGUAGGAUUACUUAUCAAAUUCCAGACGAUAGGACUCUAGGAUAUGGGCUCUAUCCUGUCAAAAUGAUAGUGAGAGGCGAUCAUACGUCCGUAGAUUUCUUCAUGGCUGUGAUACCACCAAAAACAGAGUGCGUCGUCUUUAGUAUCGAUGGCUCUUUCACUGCGAGCGUCUCCGUCACGGGGAAGGAUCCCAAAGUCAGAGCAGGCGCUGUAGACAUCGUCAGACACUGGCAAGAAUUAGGCUAUCUGAUAAUCUACAUAACCGGGAGGCCACACAUGCAGCAGCACAGGGUCGUCUCGUGGCUCUCGCAACACAACUUCCCUCACGGUCUCGUCUCAUUCGCGGACGGCAUUUCCACCGAUCCUCUGGCGCAUAAGGCUGCUUACCUCAAGAACUUGGUGCAGGAGCACGGCGUGAUUAUCCAUCAUGCAUACGGCAGCAACAAGGACAUAAGCGUAUACACGUCGAUUAACUUGCAACCCAACCAGAUUUUCAUAGUGGGCAAGGUGUCGCGAAAGAAUCACGCUCUGGCGACGGUACUGCAGGAGGGCUACGCGGCUCAUCUGACCAUGUUGCAGGCGCACGGUGGCUCGAGACCUGCACAGGGCAACGCGCGCAUGGUCAUCCCGAGGGGCCAGUUCGGCCUGCCCGGGCAGAACGCCUCGCUUCGACGGAGAAGUAACGACACAGCGGUCAACUCGCCGGCGCGCAGCAGUGUGUACUUAAAAGGAAAGUCUACCUUAGUCACAUCUAACACACGCCUAUUAUCUACGUACAAUUAACUUACUCACAUUGGUCGGCGAAGCGCGCCAUAUCGCAGCCAGCAGAGAGCAAGCCGUCAAGUCCGCUGGAGCGAAGUGUGAGCGUCGGACCAUCGGGUUCGCCGAGCCAGUCUCAGCAGCAGCAGCAGCAGCAACCCUCGUCUCCGGCUGGCAAGUCCAGCGCACCCGACAAGUUAUGACGAUUCGCCCGCUGUCGCUCGUUGUUCGAGCCACGGCGGUAGAAUUCAUAAAAGACGACGCUGUAUGUCGCUGAAUUGUUAUUAUUAUUACUACUUGUUCCGAUUUGGUUUUACAAAGCCUUCUCGACUUGUUCUUUUUCUCGAUCUCGCUAUAUUGUCUGAUACGUGUCGUAUAGGUGUAGGGGGUGAAAGGACCCGAGGGUAGAUCGAGGAAACUGAGUUGACAGUGAGCUUGUCGUUGCGACGAGAAAUUAUUUCUUUCUGAUGAUUGGUUUUCUCGGCGAUGGUUUUUAUAUUUGUUAAUUUUAAUUUAUAGUUUUGACGACGGUCGCGACCGUAGGAAUUUACGUAUAUUUUAACGAGAAUCGUGAAAAUUCGAAAAUCUGCACGUACAAAAUUAUCGGUAAAAAGGGAAGGAUAUUUUUUUAUCGAAUUAUUUUACUUAAUGCGGAUCGCAACGGCAUACUCAGUGCAGAGCCUUUUCUACACACAUUCUAAAAGAAACUAAAUCAAGGAAGUGGUAGAACUUUUGUAACAAUCUAUACAUAGUUUUAUUAUCCAAGCGAUACGUAGGCGCGCUAUACAUUAUAUACGUACACGACAUAAGUGAAAGCAGCUAUGUAAUAAAACUAUAUAUUUAAAAUAAAAAAAAACUACGCGAGAAUGAUUUGCUAUGGUUAAGUGCGAGAAUGCAUCGGUUAUAUAAUAUGUACAUUGUAUACACGUGCAGCAAAUAAAAGUACGCUCCGGUCAAAGUUUAUUUUUUAUACGUAAACUAUAUGUGUUUCGUUACUAUAUGCGAUCAAUGUAUACAACACAGACGCGGACACGGUGACUCCAACGGUGUAUAUUAUAUGCGCUCGGCCGACGAUGUAACCGUGUGAGCGAGUCGUGAUUGCGCAGCACUUGGUGAUAAAGUUAUAGCAUUCCUGACGAUCAUUCUCCUGGCACUUGUCGAACAGCAAACAAACGCUAAUUUGUAAAACUCUCAAUAAAUGCAUCGAUGCCAUAUUCUAACUUUUAAGGUGUAAGUAUACUUGUUGAAACUGUUACCUGAACAUAAAAAAAGGAAUCAAGUCCUCCCCCAUUAUUGUUGCUAAGAUACGAAGAUACAUAUACAUUAUGGAUGAAUAUACUCUCUAAUACGUAUGUAUAAAUACGUUAUGUAGCACCUCGUUAAACAAAAUAUGCAUGUGGCUGCGUCAUAAACAUGUUCAGCUUCAUCGAUGGUUUUACGACGAUCUCUUCGAAAAUGUAAUAAUGUUUCAUUUUGCGUAAUGAAUACUAUAAUAGCAUAUUUAUAAAAUAUACGUAACGCUGCUAUGAUUAUAUGUCAAGGGUAUACUAUGUCAUUUCUCCGCGUUGCUAUGAUUUGCAAAUAUGUACUGGUCAUAACGAACGCGCAGUCGAUGAAUUAUUUCGCGAACUUCAAUAGAUCUUUUUCAUUGUAUAACUUCAGAUCCAACUGUAAUGACACGUUUGAUAUUUACUAAUUAUUAAAGAAAAAAGGAUUUACGUAUCUAUACUUUCUGAUAGUGUUGGUACAAAAGUAUAAUCUCGUUAUUUAAGAAAGGACUGCAACGCGCUCCGUAUUGUAAAAAUGUAAUUAUACCAAGCAUCGUUGAAAAAUUAUGAACAAAAUGACGUUGUUUAAUAAAACGUUAGAAACUUGUGCGCUUUAUCUUGUAGUUCGCGGAAACUUAAUCGAAAAGAAAAAUGUAAGACAGCAGGUGUCUACAAAGACCCCGAUUAUUAAGAAGUUCAAAUAAGUGUAAAAUAGAUGUUGCUCUAGGUUUACUCCUUUGAUUUGUAGUCUUAAAUAAUAGUGUAUAUGAUAAAUCCAUCCAUUUCUAAUGGAUUUUUUAUUCCAUAUAGCUAGUAAACCGCUGUUCGAUUUAAUCCGUAUAAGAAGUACAAGAGGGAAAUGAGCUGUUCAGCUGGCUCAACUCGGAGUCGAAUAAUAAAUAAUAGCAUUACGUAUUUCACCGCGUAAACAGAGUCCGAAGAAGGCGGAAUGCGCUGAAUUAUUAAAAAAAAAACAAAUUACCACAAUAUGCAUACUGACUGUUUGUAUUGUUGUAAUAUGACGCGGGCGUAGUCCACUACUAUAAAAAUAUCUAAAAGAUAGAUGCGUGCACAUAUAUAUAUAUAUAUGUAUGUAUGUAUGUAUGAAAAUACCCCCUACAUAGGAAUAUCAAGCGACUGCAAAGGAUAUUUUAAUUAUGCGGAUAGAGAAUCAUUAUCACGGCGUAAUAGAAAAAAAGACAUAUUUUUAUUAGCAGAUACUUGAAAUAUGUAAAAUAACUGUUAAGUACGUUGAUUGUUUUAUAUUUUACUGUUCUUGUUAGCUCAUCUGUAAGCAUUCGAUGAAACGCUAAAUUGAACGUAUUCAUUUUAUUAAAGACCAUUGACAUCCUGUUAAAAAAUUUAUGUGCGAGUGGUGUAUGUGUACAUUAAAUUAUGGAUCUUUGAAAAUAAAGCUAAAUAAUUGA